AUGUCGACAGCGGGCUCCAAUGCUUCUCCACCGCCGCGCACACAAAACGCCCAGCACACGCGCACAUACCAGGCUUGUAUCCCAUGUCGACGCCGCAAAGUGCGAUGCGAUCUUGGUCCUGUAGAUAAUCCCCACGAUCCGCCAUGUGUGAGGUGCCGGCGCGAGAGUAAAGAAUGCUUUUUCUCCGCCACGCGUCGGAAGAGGAAAGCAGAUGGCGAGGACGACUAUGAGGAGGUUGACGACUACGAGGUGCGCAAUGGCAGGAAACGUCAGCGUUCCGAUGGCCUCCCGGAACCUCUCAUCACUACGGCGAACAAUGCAGCCUACAUCUCGCAGCCCUUGACCCCAGGCGGCUCCAUCGGACGAUACGAACCGCUGAGACGACCAAAUACCUCGGGUGGUCUCCAGCCCCAGCCAAACGAUGAGGAGGAUCAAAAAAAGAGCAACGAGACGGUCGCGACACUGCAGGCGGGCGAGGUGUAUAGUGGACACGAUGCCCUUAACCUGCUGUUCGAGGCUGCCGGAAUGGACGCGCAUCACCGGUCGGGAAGCAGUUCAAGCCUUCAGCGACCGACGUUGGGAAGCACGCCCGGCUCCCAGACCAACUUCGCGAGCCCCCGUGCCAACGUGUCCCAUGUGCGAAGUAACUCGCGAGCCACGGCCGAGGCAUCUAUAGACCCUGCUAUCCAGCAUCCCAUUCUUCCAGAUCCCCCCAACGAAGCUGCCUUUGCCGAAGCUGUCAAGGCCUGGUCCAAGUUUCGCUUUGUGCGCGCGGGCUGGCUUACAGCCAAAGAAGCCAUCUCCUACAUCGACUACUUCUACACCUUCCUGUCGCCUCUUACCCCCAUCGUCGUGCCGGAUUAUCGCGAUCAUGCAUUUCACGGAAAGCUGCUCAAGGAGGAACCCAUGUUGGUCAUCACCCUUCUAACUAUCGCGGCGAGGUAUUCGCAGCCCAGCGGCUCAAGCGGCGUUGGCGCAACGUCACGCUCUUAUCUUAUCCAUGAGAAGCUAUGGAAGUAUCUUCAGGGCAUGAUAGAUCGCAUGAUCUUCGGGCAAGAGCAGUUUGGUGGAGGCUUCUGCGGUGCGGGACAGCAGCCAGGAUCCGACGUGAAUCCCCUGUCGCGGAAAGGUCUUCGCACGCUUGGCACUGUCGAGAGUCUGAUGCUACUGACUGAGUGGCAUCCCCGUGCUCUUCACUUCCCACCAGGUGACGAUGACGACGAGCUUGUUCUACCAGAUGACCCAUACGAGCCUGGUCCAAAGGCCGACAUGUACAAAGGCGUCGGCGACAAGCGCAUCGACAGCUGGCUGGAGCCCUGUUGGCGUAGUGAUCGCAUGUGUUGGAUGCUGCUCGGCAACGCUAUGACACUCGCCUUUGAGAUUGGUGUUUUCGACGAGACCAACGAGACUGAGUUCGAGGAGGCAAAUCAGCAUCUCUCUCACGCCACUGUCAAGGCCUACUACCGACGGAAGAACCAUCUUAGGGACCUGCUCAUCAUCUACGUGACUCAGACCAGUGGCAGACUUGGCCUCACAUCCAUGCUCCCUAAGAUUGAUCGCGAUGAGAGUCUAGUCGGUGGUCCAUCCCCCCUUGAACUGUACAAGGAGCGCAUCAGUCGAAUUAAGGCUCCCCCUGCUCAAUUUGGCAUGCGUUCAGAUGGACAGCGUCUCCCACUGGAGUCCAUUGCUACUCAGGAGCGCCAUGCUGUCCAAGAUCUCGUGCUGGACUUCUGGCAGCGCAUCGCUAAGAUUAUGGAGAUGGGUAAUCUGAAGUUGUUCUCGAAUCGCCGUAAGACGCGCGAGCUGCUGAAGUCUGGGACGUAUGAAGAGAUGCUCAAGUUUUUUCAGGUCCCUCCGCAACUGCGUCAUGUCCUCACUAUCGAAUUUGAGUACACUCGCGUGUAUCUCAAUUCCCUGGCUCUGCAAGCAGUCGUAGAACGCUGCACACACAACACCCCGUUGCAGUCGCACGCUCAGCCCAACGGUGUCAAUGGACGCGCUAAUAGUCAUGACGACGGUGGCGCUAUACCAUUCAGUACACUGGUCAAGUGGUACGCCAACGAUAGGCACUACAUCAACGAAGUCAUCGAUGCGUCGCGCAAUGUGCUCAAGGUUGUGGUCGAAGGUCUGCAUCCUGGUGGUUAUCUGCGGCAUGCACCUGUCCGAACCUUCUUCCGUAUUGUUAGCGUAGCUAUCAUCCUGCUGAAAACCUUUGCCUUAGGAGCGACCGAGGAAGAUGUCGCUGUCAGUCUUGGCCUACUCAGCGACUCAGUGGAUGCCUUGCGGACAAGCAUCGUGGACGAUGUCCACGUCGGUAACCGAUUCGCCGACCUCGUUGAGACGCUCACCCACCGUAUCCGCUCGCGUUUCGUGCGCCUUGCCGCCAACGGCUCAACCGGCAUCUCCCGCGCAGGAAGCAAAAGCCCCAUUUCAGCACCACUAAUGCCUCCGCCCGCUCCACUCAACAACGUCAACCACCUCGCACCUCCUUACAUGGGCGCUCAGCAAACAGGCUUCUCCGGUACCGGCAGCAGUGUCCCCAGCUCUCCCAGCAUGGGCCUUGGAACCAAUGGCCGCGGAACUCCUCUCUGGGGUAUCUCAGCUGAGCCCUACGAUCCAAACUCAAACAGCAUAUCCAUCAUGCCACCGCCGGGAAACUACACCAACUACAACGGCAAUAGCAGUAACGGCUCGAACUCCAAUGGUAACCACGGCGCAAACUGGGGCCAGUGGGCAAACGGCGGUUCGAGCUGGACUACAGGCCAGGAUCAGGAUUGGCUUGCGCUUCCGCUUGAUCCGCUGCUGGAUCAGUGGGGUGCGGAGAUUAACCAGACGGCCAUGGGUCCGGAUAUCGGGGGCAUGGAUAUGUUGGACGUUUUGCUGCACAUGGGUGGGCCACCGGGUAGUGCGUAGUCUUGAUUGACUUUGCAAUGCGCUGGUGGCCCAGGGCGGUACUCGCCUUUCCCACGCAGUAUCGCGAAAGUUGAGGGCGAUCAAGGGAGGUUCCCUUCGCAAUCACUCUGCCGGUCACGUUCUCCGUCUCCUAGUUUUUCAUUUUCUCCAUUUGUUUGCCACACUGGCAACAUCUAACUACAUGUAUAUACGACAGUCACGAUUAAGCGACGAAAAACGAAGAAAAAAGCACGGCGUUUGCUCUUUCUUCGGUCGUCGCUUUUCUAUAUAAGUUGAUCAUGGGAAAUAGGGGGUCUUCGAGAUAUACGACUUAUACUGGGAAAUGGAAAGAAUAUGAAUAUGGAGAAGUUUAAUCAUG